AUGGUAGGAAGUGAGGUAUCGGCAAGGCCAAGACUUGAGGAACAAUGUCCAGUAUGUGGAGAUCGCGUAUCCGGAUACCAUUAUGGACUACUUACUUGUGAAAGCUGCAAACCAUUUAGCUGGUCCAUAAAUGAAGUACUCAACUACACCUCUGUUUUUAAGGGUUUCUUCAAGAGAACUGUUCAAAACAAGAAG